AUGGUUGAUUCGUCAAGCGUCGAGCAGGAUAGAGAAGUGCUUAUGGACAGGCUCCGACAUAGUAAGCGUCUUCGUAACGAGCCGAUGACAGCCAGUGAGGAGCUCGAAGUGAUUUCACCUACAGUAGCCGAGAACCGACGCGGUAGUGGACCAGUUGAUCCCAACCGCGCAUUCCUCGACUGUUGUAUUGAUAGACAACUCCCAGAUGCUUGUCUUGCCAAGUGCAACUUCAGGACUUACACAAAAGAAUCGCUGUCGGCGAUGUACUUCAAACAAGACCCAUGUCCAUUGGAAGCAAUGAAGGAGAUGCAGUUCUGUGCUGCUCAAGGAGGGGAUCACACAGCCUGCUGUGCUCGCAAUGGAGUCACAACAACCCUUGCCGGCAUGAAAUGCCUUGCAUUCUGUGAUCAACGGCUAGGGCAUCCCCGACAACUAGAUAUGUCGUACGUGCCGUGCUUUGACCGCUUCGAAAAUAUGAAGGCAUGCUUUUGGCACGACUUGACCCGGUACUACCGAUCCAAAUGA